AUGUCAUCGACAAAUCCAACAGAUCCUACAUUCAGAUCCUAUAGCGCCGUUCAGGCUCAGACCUACGCUGUUGAACGGAGAUCAUAUCCAAAUGAACUUUACGAUAUUGUGCUCAAAUAUCAUACCAACACCGGCGGCAAAUUAAACCAACUGCUCGAUGUAGGAUGUGGACCUGGAAAUGCGACACGAGAUCUUUCCAUAGCCUUUGACCGUGCGGUAGGCGCUGAUCCGAGUGCAGAAAUGAUUGCUGCUGCACGAAGCCGACGUGGAAAGAGUCGAUCGGGCGACGAUAUUAAGUUUGAAAUUAGUCUUGCAGAAGAAUGCUCGAAAAUAAACGAAAUUGGAGCUGAAACUGUAGACUUGCUCACGGUAGCAAUGGCUGUGAGUCAAUAUUUAUGUGAAUAG